AUGAACAAAGAGCUGACAUUUUCAAAUGAAAACUUAAAAGAACAGUUCCUCAACCACCAAACUAUGAAUGAGAUCAGAGAGACCGCCUGCAGUGAGUCCUCUCUUGCGGAUAUCGUAUUCCUGGUGGAUGGAUCAUGGAGUAUCGGGAUCCAGAACUUCAAAACGAUUCAAGAGUUUCUCUACACCCUUGUGAAUGGAUUUGAUGUUGGGCUGGACAAAGUUCGGAUAGGCCUCAUCCAGUACAGUGGAACUCCUCGCACUGAGUUUUUCUUGAAUUCCUAUAGUGAUAAGAAUGAGAUUCUGCAGUAUCUACAGCAGCUGCCGUACAAAGGAGGAGGAACAAGAACUGGGCUGGGCCUGAAGUUCAUGCUGAACAAACACUUCGUGGAGUCAGCGGGCAGCAGGGCAUCGAUGGGAGUACCACAAGUGGCCAUUGUAAUCACUGACGGGCAAUCCCAGGAUAGUGUUGGACUACCAGCAAAAGCGCUGAGGGACCGAGGGGUCACCGUCUAUGCCAUUGGCAUCAAGGAUGCUGUGGAGAAAGAGCUGGAGGAAAUCGCCAGUAAGCCAGCUAGCAACUAUGUGUACAACGUGGCAGACUUUGCAGCCCUAAGGGGAAUUUCACAGGCUGUCAUCCAAUUCGUUUGUACCAGGGUGGAAGAGGUGACUCGUAAUUUAUCUCAGGUCUCACAAGUUUCCCCAGCUUGUAGAAAAGCCACACUUGCUGAUAUCGUCCUUGUGGUGGAUGGUUCAACCAGUGUAAGUGAUGAGAAUUUCGAAGAAGUGAGGGAGUUUCUGAACACCUUCGUUAAUGGCCUAGAUAUUGCAGAAAACAAAGUAAGGAUUGGGCUGGUUCAGUACAGUGACGAUCCAAAGACAGAAUUCCUGCUGAAUCAAUAUUCAUCCAAGAGUGACAUUCUGAACUACCUACAGAGGUUGCAACAGAAGAGAGGCCGGACCGAUACUAGAAGGACCCUGGAGUUCCUGCAGAACCAACACUUUGUUCCUGCAGCAGGGAGCAGGGCAGCAGAAAAUGUGCAGCAGAUUGUCAUCCUGGUCACCGACGGUGACUCCAUCACUGAGGUGGACGAUGCUGCCAACAGACUGAGAAAUAGCGGAGUCACGAUUUAUGUCAUCGGAAUUAAUAUCCAAGGAAAGAAGGAAUUUCAAGAUAUUUCCAGCAGACCAGUUCGGAGAUAUGCUUAUCAUGUUGCAAACUUUCUUGGAAUGAAAGAAAUUUCAAAUAAAAUCUUAGAGUCCGUGUGCAAGACAGUUGAAGCCCACAUCCAAGCCUUUGCAGUGAAUUAUGCUGACAUCGUUUUUCUAGUCGAUGGUUCUCAGAACAUGGGAGCUGCAGGAUUUCAGCAGAUCAGAAGCUUUAUCUUCAGAAUUGUUACUCAGCUUGAUGUUGGAGCAGAUAAGUACCGAAUUGGUCUUGCCCAGUAUGACAAUAAUGCAAGAACUGAGUUCUUAUUGAAUACCUACAUAACAAAGAUUCAAGUGGCAAAUUACAUCAGGAGUGACCGCAGCUUUGCAUUUCAGGGAGGACCAGGGUUAGCAAUGGGCCGUGCCAUUGACUUCCUGCGCAGGACGUUUUUCAGAGAGUCUGCUGGAAGUCGGAAAGGGGAAGGUGUUCCUCAGAUAGUGAUCAUGAUUACUUCAGCCUCUUCACAGGAUGACAUUACUCUACCUGCCAGAGCCUUAAAGAAGGAAGGCGUGAAAGUUAUCUCCGUUGGUGUCAGACGGUCUGUCUUGAUCGAUCUCCAGCGUGUGGCUUUUCAGCCUAAUUUUCCAUUUGUUUUCCAGAUUAGUGCUUUGGAUGCAGUGAUUCAAUCAUCUGAUAAAAUAUCCAAUGCAAUCAGACAGUUAGUUCGAAGAGAGUUUCGAUACAGAGAAACGAGAAGACCACCAGUUUUGAUGUGUCUUUUGUUUCUCACAGUGUGUCAGUCUGCUACAGUUGCUGAUAUUGUGUUCUUGGUCGAUCAAUCGGACAGCAUCGGGGCUGUAAACUUCCAAUUGCUUCGCGUUUUCCUACACAACAUGAUCAAUGCGCUGGAAGUGGAGACUGAAAGUGUCCACAUUGGUUUAGCUCAGUACAGCACCAUUGCAGCGGAAGAUUUCAAUCUCAAAAUGUACCGCAGAAAAUCUGACAUCCUGGACCACAUCAAAUCGAUUCGAUACAGUGGAGGCGGCAGGAACACGGGCAUCGCUAUUGAUUUUGUGCAGAAGAAUUACUUCACGGAGCAGGCAGGCAGUCGUGCUAGGAAAGGAAUUCCUCAGAUCCUGAUAGUAAUCACCAGUGGCGAAUCCCAGGAUGCGGUCAAGGACAAUGCAGCUACUCUGCGCCGUUUGGGCAUUACUGUGUAUGCCUUAGGAAUCCAAAAUGCCACUGAGAGCGAGCUGAAGAAAAUUGCGUCACAUCCUUCAAAGACUUACGUUUCUAUGGUUAAGGACUUCACGCAGCUGUCAACCAUUGAAGGGGUGCUUCAGAAGAAGAUUUGUAAUAAGAUCAUCGAACAAACCGCAGUCCAGUCUGUCCAAGUAGAAAGGCUCAAACAAGGCUGUGCCGAAACAGAAGAAGCCGAUAUCUUUUUCCUAAUUGAUGGGUCCGACAGUAUAUUCCCUGAGAAGCUCAUGGAUAUGAAAAGGUUCCUGGUAGAUGUAGUGAAUGUAUUCAGCAUCGGUGCAGAUAAGGUUCGUGUGGGAGUUGUCCAGUAUGCAGAUAGUCCACGAAUUGAAUUCGGUAUCACUCAGUACACCUACCAAUCAGAUUUGGAAAGAGCAAUUAAGCAAAUCUUUCAAAUGGGAGGAAGCACGGCAACUGGCCAGGCAUUAACCUACAUGAAGAAUCUCUUCAGCGAUGCCGUGAGAAGUCGUAGAGAGAGGGUGCGGCAUAUCCUCAUCAUUAUCACAAGUGGACAAUCAGAUGAUCCCGUGAGAAGCCCUGCUGCAGAGCUGAGGAAACAGGGAGUAGAUAUUUAUGCAAUAGGAGUUGGAAAUGCAGAUGAAUCUGAACUUCUGCAAAUUGGAGGAAUCAAAGGAAGAAUUUUCUAUGUCACCAACUUUGAUGCUUUGAAAGAUGUGAAGAAUAACAUUUUGUGGGACCUCUGUUCUGAAGGAGCCUGCAGGAAGCUGAACAUAGCUGAUAUCAUCUUCGUAAUUGAUGGAUCAGGAAGCAUAAAUCCCGAGGAUUUCAGGAAAAUGAAGACAUUUAUGAAUGCCAUUGUGAACAAGACCUUUACUGAAGCAGACAAUGUGCGUAUAGGUCUGAUACAGUUUGCCUCCAGUCCCAAGCUAGAGUUUGAACUUAGUGUACAUUCAGUGAAAGCUGAUCUACUUGCAGCGAUCAAUGACAUGCAGCAGCUGGAAGGGGGCACUCUCACAGGUGCUGCACUGAGAUUUGCUGUGGACUAUUUUGAUGAAGCUAAAGGGGGUCGCCCUGAUGUUCCACAGUACCUCGUAGUGAUAACUGACGGAGAAGCACAAGAUGAGGUCCUUCAACCUGCCAAAGCCAUAAGGGAUAAAGGUGUCAUCGUGUUUGCUGUGGGCAUAUUCAAUGCUAACAGCACGCAGCUUCUGGAAAUUGGAGGAGCUUGGGAUAAAGUUCACUAUGUGGAAAACUUUGAUCUGCUGGAUUCUCCAGAAAAACAGGUCCUCUGGGAGAUCUGCAGCCAGCCUGAAGUCUGCUUGAGAACUGAAGCAGCAGAUAUUCUUUUUGUGGUCGAUGGAUCAGGCAACAUACAGCCAUACGAUUUUGAGAGGAUGAAAAGAUUCAUGAUGACAUUGGUGAACAGUUCAGACGUGUCCCCCAGCAAGGUUCAGUUUGGCGCCAUACUCUACAAUAAUGACCCUGACGUUCAAUUCCGGCUCAGUCAGUUCGGGAGCAAAAACGAAGUCCGCCAGGCAAUUGGUCGAAUGCAAAUGAAAGAAGGACCCAGCUUCACUGCACGUGCUCUUCAACAGGCCAAAGAACUUUUAGCCCUCGAGAAAGGAAGUCGGCAGACAGUUGGGGUUUCGCAGUUUGUCAUUGUGAUUACUGAUGAAGAAGCCGCAGAUUCAUCAGCGGUACCAGGGGCAGCGGAGGACAUCAGAGAAGAUGGAGUGACCGUCCUUGCUGUGGGGGUAGCAGGAGCCAAUGAAAGAGAGCUCGAGGCUAUCGGAGGCUCGAGGGAAAACUACCUUUAUGUUCAAGACUUUGAUGCCUUGAAAAACAUAGUGAGGGAUUUCUCACAGCUGGUUUGUACAAACACAAAUCCAGUCUGUGAUCUUCAACAAGCAGACAUUGUCUUUCUAGUCGAUGGAUCUGAGAGCAUAAUUGCUGAAGAUUUCAGCUACAUUAAAUCCUUCAUGAAAAACAUGGUUAGCUUUUUCAGUAUUGUCCCCUGUAUGUGCCAGUUUGGUCUGGCUCAAUUUAGUACGUCGUUUCGAAAAGAAUUUGACCUGAAGGAUUUCCCAGACAGAAAGAUGUUGAUGGCUGAGAUUGAAAAAAUGGUUCAACUGAAUCAAGGAACUCAAAUUGGAUCAGCGCUGAUGCAAGCGACCAGGCUGUUCACGAGAGAGGCAGGUAGUCGAAAAGCUUUGAACGUGCCCCAGUUCCUGAUCGUGAUCACCGAUGGGAGGUCGAAAGAGAAUGUGAUGGGCCCAGCUGAUAACCUGAGGGGCAACGGGAUUCAAAUUUUGUCCGUAGGGGUAGGGCAGGCAGAUCUGAAACAGCUUCUCCAAAUCUCCGGGUCACGGGACAGGAUCUAUUUUGUUGACAGUUUUCGAGAUUUGGGCAAGAUUAAACGAAGGAUUGCCCGCAGUCUUUGUAAGGAUCAGCCAGUUCCAGGAUGUACCAUUGAUGUGGCUGUGGGAGUUGACCUCCCCAGUCAAGCACGCUUCUCAAAUGCAGUCGGCAGCCAGCUGAACCUGCAGUUGCAGUACCUGGACAGCCUAAUCCAACGAAUGACGGACUUACAGAACAUCAGCUGCAUAGCAGGUCACAGUCUCAAUGUCAGGGCGGGAUUUCACAUCACUGACAGAGUUGGAAGGACACGCUUUGACUCCAAUUUUGAAAGCUAUAAUUUAGAUGUCUUGGGAAAGGCAAGAUCAUUUCUGCUGUCAGCGAUGGACCAGAUCAGUUUGACUGCUGAUUAUUUGUUGUCGUUUGCAAGCAAAUUUGAGCAGGAGUCGAGCAAAAAUGUGAAGAUGAUAGUGAUGUUUACGAACGGAGUAGCGGAUAGCAUGAAUAGACUCAAGGAAGCAUCAAACAGACUCCGGCUUAAUGGUGUCAAUACCCUAAUCACAGUUGCUAUGGAAAACACUGUCGACGUUGAUGAGCUUCAUGAACUGGAGUUUGGCAGAGGAUUUGGCUACAAACGCCAACUGGCCAUUGGAAUGCGUGAUAUUGGGGAUGCAUUGCGCACUGAGAUUGACACAGUUGCAGAAAGAGAAUGCUGUGAUAUAAUUUGCAAGUGUUUAGGACAACCGGGUAAACAUGGACGACAAGGAGAGCAAGGAGUUAAAGGCAUCCUAGGACCACCAGGAACAUUGGGUUAUGCAGGUGAAGAUGGUGGUAUGGGUGAUAGGGGUCCUCCAGGCAUUACAGGACCUCGAGGAAUUGAAGGAUGUCAAGGCAGCAGGGGCUUCACGGGAGAAAGAGGCUAUCGAGGAGAGAAGGGUGAAGCAGCUGAGAAUGGUGCACCUGGGACAAAUGGAGAGCAGGGGGAGUCUGGAAUCCACGGAGUUGCUGGGCCAAAAGGGGAUAAUGGAAAUACUGGAAUUAAAGGCUCAACCGGAUACAGAGGUGAGCGUGGAGAUGUUGGAAUACCAGGUGACCCUGGUACCCCUGGUCGAGAUAAUUAUGUCAGAGGAUAUCCAGGCCAAAGAGGAGAUCCAGGUGUACCGGGCGAACGUGGACGAAGUGGCACACUAGGCUUCCGUGGUAGUAAAGGAAAUAAUGGGCGACCUGGCCGGAGAGGACUUGUGGGUAAAACGGGUGUCAGGGGACCUUCUGGUUACCCAGGAUCCAUUGGGCCCUCUGGACUCCAUGGCCAACAGGGAUCUACAGGAACUGUUGGAUUGAAAGGAGUAAAAGGAGAGCAAGGAUUACCAGGGAUCCCGGGUACACCCGGAUUGCUUGGCUUCAGGGGUGCCAAAGGCAGCCAAGGGCUCCAAGGGCAAAGGGGUGUAACUGGAGAUAUGGGUGAGAAAGGAGAAUCUGGAACAGUUGGACCUCGUGGACCACAGGGUUUGGAUGGGUAUGACGGCACUGGAAGGCCUGGAUCAAAAGGACAAAAGGGAGUACAGGGACCCUCUGGUUAUCCUGGUCAGCAGGGAGUAGAUGGUCCUUCUGGAAUCGAGGGCAGAAAAGGACCCAAAGGAAUAAGAGGACGCAGGGGCGACUCUGGCCUUUCUGGUGAUCCAGGAAACCCAGGAGAAACAGGAUUUCCAGGAGUAAGGGGUUUCAAAGGGCCACCAGGGAUCGUACCUAUGAAACCAUGUGAACUUGUGUCAUAUGUUAGAGAAAAAUGUUCCUGUUGUUCAUCAGGAGGAAUGGAAUGUCCUGUAUAUCCAACUGAGCUGGUGUUCGCUGUGGACAUGUCUUCAGAUAUCACACCAACCAUAUUUAAUCGAAUGAAGACAAUGGUCAUUAACUUUGUGCAGGAUCUUAAAAUCACUGAAAGUAACUGUCCAACGGGAGCCCGUGUGGCGAUCCUUACUUACAGUUCCUCGGCAAAAACAUUCAUCCGAUUUUCAGACUUCAGAAGCAAGCAAAAACUUCUAGAAGAGCUACAGAAUUUAGCUUACGAGAGAUCGAGCAGCAGGCGGAAUGUAGGGACUGCAAUGAGGUUUGCUGCAAAAAAUACUUUCAAGCGCGUUCGCAGUGGUGUUCUUGGCAGGAAAGUGGCAGUAUUUAUUACUAACGGCUCAUCUCGUGAAAUCUCAGAGGUGGCAACUGCUGCCCUGGAGUUCAGUGCCUUGGAUAUCACUCCAGUUGUCAUUUCUUUUGGUAAUGUCCCUGAAAUUCAACGUGCCUUUGAGGUUGACGAUACAAGAAUGUUUCAAGUGGUUGUGUUGUCAAGACAACAGCAAGAAGCACAAGAACAGUUACGCAAAAUCCGGUUAUGUACUUUCUGUUUUGAUAGGUGUGAACCAAAUACCCAGUGUCAACAGGCCAUCUCUCCACCUCCGAUCCCCAUCCAGAUGGACAUUGCUUUUAUUGUUGACAGCUCACGCAAUCUGAGAAUGAUGGACUUUGAGAGAAUAAAGGACUUCGUCAGCUCAAUGCUCGACACUUUUAUGAUCUCCAGAAACCCAAAGACUUUGGAUAAUCGUGCCAGGGUAGCCCUUGUCCAGUAUUCACCAGCAGGUUACCUGCCCAGAACUGGCCAGAUGCCAGUCAAACUGGAGUUUGGUUUCUUGAGCUAUGGCACCAAAAGCAUGAUGAAGAGAUAUAUAGAGAAUUCAUUUAAAAAGUUAGAAGGUUCUUCAUGGACUGGCCAUGCCAUUGAAUGGACGCUCAAUAACAUUUUCUUAAGCGCUCCAAAUCCACGACGACAUAAGGUGAUAUUUUUAAUACUUGCAGGAGAAACCAAUGUCUUUGACAUAGAGAAGCUAAGGGCUGUGUCAUUACAAGCUAAGUGUAGAGGUUUUGUGAUCUUUGCAUUCUUCCUUGGAAAGGAUGCCCCCAGAACUAAUCUGCAGGAGCUUGUUAGUGCUCCUUCCGAUCAACAUUUAAUUCACCUGGAUCCUCUGUUGAAUCAUGAAAUGGUAUACGUCCAGAAGUUUGUACGAGCCUUUCUGAAAAGUCUCACACUUAGAAUCAACAGAUACCCAUAUCCAGCUUUACAGAGAGAAUGUCAGAGAGCAGCACUAGUUCGGUCUAGGCCAGAAGUAACACCACAACCUUUAGAAGGAGCUGCAAGUGUAGGGGGACCAGAAACCAUACAACCUGUAGAGGAGGAAGAAUUUGAAGAAGGGAUAGAAUUCCCAGGAGGAGCAGAAGCUGAGAGUACAACAGACAUGAUUUAUGACAUGUGCUCGCUCGAUCGAGAUGGAGGGAUCUGUCAGAAUUAUGCCGUGAAGUGGUACUUUGACCAAGAGCAGCAGGGCUGUCGACAGUUCUGGUACGGCGGAUGCGGAGGAAACAAGAAUCGGUUCGACACCCUGGAAGAAUGUGAAGCCUCAUGCCCCAGAUCACGCUAGGAAAUGCCACAGGACUAAUCUUCAACAAGAAUCAGAUUUUGAAAAUAAAUAUCUGGGAGAUUACUUCAUCAUAAUCAAUAAACCCAAGAGCUCUGCGGACCUGGCCAGUGUAUAGCUGAGCCAGAUUUGGAUUGUGCAAACAUCUUAUUUACAACUCGGCCUUUGGUAGAGGUUUGGCUCACCUGAGUUGCAGAGUGAUAAGUCAGCCAGGAAUUUCCAGACAACGAUAACAAAGUACCUUUUUGUCAAAUGUCUGUUUGCUUAGAGCUUUAGCGAAGAAAGAAACAUAUUUGGCUGUAAAAUCUUCAGUAAUGUAAUAGCCCAUUAUACUUACACUUGAAGUUCAAACAUGAAUAGUGGAUAUGUCUAGAAAGUUCAGGAAAGGUGGGUGGGGGGAAAUCAGGUGAAGACGUUGAAAAAAAAUCUACCAAACAUUACAUAUAUGCAUAUGCAUUGUCAUUUGUGCAGAUAUCACUGACUUGUUUAUUAAAAUCACACGUGUUAUUAUCAUGGUACUCAAAAUAAUAGAGCAAUGUCUUUUGUGUUCAACACUUGAAAAGCUAC